GCCAACUUGUCUUUGACACCAUCCAACAUAACUUUGGCGUCAUUGUAAGCAUGGCAAAAGGCAAAAUUGACGCUUUCCUGGACUGUGUAUCACCCUAUUCCUACUAUGCCAUCUUAUAUCUUCUCAAGAACCGGAAGGCCCUUGCUUCAUACGACAUCGAGGUUGAGUUUCACCCGAUAUUUCUCGGUGGAGUCAACGCAGGCUCAGGAAAUAAGCCUCCCUGGACACUUCCUGCGAAGAGCAAAUAUUCACAGUACGAUUCUGUUCGUGCUCGUAACUAUUUCGGUGUUCCCGACCUUCGGACGCCAGAAUGCUUCCCAAUUGUUUCCCUUUUGCCUCAACGAGCUAUGGUUUAUAUCAAGGCGAACUAUCCCCACGAGAAAUAUGAGACUGCCUUCCUCUCACUGUGGCACCACCUGUGGAUCUUGGGCGAAGAUAUAUCCAAACCUGAUCUCUUAGUGAAAACGCUCUCCGAGAACUUCUCUGAAACCGAGGUAAAGCAGAUCAUGGAUGCUACAGGAAACCCGGAGUGGAAACAGAAGUUGCUGGACAACACGCAGCGAGUGCUUGAUUGUGGCGCAUUUGGAGCACCUUGGUUUUGGGUGAGGAAUCUGAAGGGCGUGGAAGAACCGUUCUUUGGAAGCGAUAGGUUUCACUACAUGUGGUGGUUCUUGGAGUUACCGUACGAGGAUAUCAAGCUGCCCGAGAAGAGUACUCCAAAGUUAUGAGCAUCGACGCAUCUCCUUGGACUUGGAACUCUGUUCCCGUGCAUUAUAUCUUGAUUUUAACACGAUGCACAGACAUUUCUCCGGAGCUUGGGAUGGCCAGGUUUCUGCAACCUCCCUUUCGUGUCGCUAUAUCCUACAAGACGAGCCUUGAGACUCAUCUCCUGCCUGUUUGCGCUGGCGGAAUUCCGGGAAGAUCGU